AUGUCAGAAUACGGCCGUAGAAUUAGCUACCGGAGGCUGCGCUACCAUAAAACGUGGCUUGGUAAACAGCCCGAAUGCCUUCAUUUAAACAAAUGUCCGGUGGCAAGGGAAAUCAUGACCGGUGACCUCUCUUUCAUGCGCAACUACCGAGACGUCCAAUUCGGACGGAUUUCGGGAUUGCCUCGAAACGGUGGCGCCAAGAGCUACAUACCUGGUUGUCUCGGCGGCUCUCACGGAUACAUCAACAACAUUUCAGCUGCGUAUUUGACGACCGUUGCCACUGUAUGGACCUUUGAUGCCAACAAGUGA